AUGCCGGGGUAUGCUACCCAAGCUGGGAGCACCCUGGUGAACCAGCCGACACCAGAAUUGAGUGUUUCCCAUAAUCUUGAACCCAAGGAGGCAGGCUGUGGCCCACGGCGGACAGAGUUGGGGGGCGCUCUCCUCACCCCUACGCUGGGGGCACCGAACCGCUGCCAACCUGCUCCCCCCCCCUCAGGACGGGCAGGAGUGAUCCCGGUCCAACCUCUCCAGGCAACAGAGUUGCUACAGGCCGAGAGAACAGAGCCUCAUCGGAUGCACGCUAACACACAAGUCUUCCCAUUGGCGGACGCCACAUGUGACAUCAACUGCCACACGGCAAGGCACCUCACCCAAUCUAAGCUUGACGCCAUAUUCAAUGCCUUCUGGGCGAAACUGGUGAGCAGAGAGUGGCAGGCCAACAAAUCGACAAACCCACCUGGUGGAAAAUCUGAGAGUCCGUGUCGCAGUCGCACUAGCCCUCAUCCGACAAAAUCUCAAAAAUGGCGCAGAAGACAGAAACCUCUUCCGCACACGUAG